AUGCUUUACAGCUUACAACUUGCAACGGUUCACCAAGAAUCAUUUAUCAGUUGGAAUUCCCGCAUAACAUUUCUCCGCACUGAUUAAGGAUAGGUAACAAUACCGAAGUUGUCUAUAAAUAAAGACACUUGAUUUUGAUGACAACAGAGUUCAGACUUCAUCAGAACAACAAACUCCAAACAAAGAAAAUGUUCAUGAAAUCUUUGUCUUUGAUAAUUUUUGUUAUUCUCUCAGAUUUAUAUUUGUGUUAUGGGACACUCACAGUUAAAUUGAACCAAGGAGAUGUCCAAGGCUAUCACAAAAAAUCAUAUUAUGGAAGAACGUAUUCUGCUUUUGAAGGAAUUCCUUAUGCUGUACCCCCAGUUGGAGAAUUGAGAUUCAAGGAACCUAUUCCUGCUCCAAGAUGGGAAGAUACUCUCAUCGCAAAUAAGUCAUAUAUGUGCAGUCAGCUUGAUGGUACUUUAAGCGUAGUAGGAACUGAGGAUUGCCUCUACAUGUACGUUUAUGUGCCUAAAAAAAGUAUCAAUAAAGCUGAUAACUUCGAUGUGGUUGUUCAUAUACAUGGAGGGUAUUUGAAUAUUGGUUCUCCUUACAACAUGGUCCUCCCUGACUAUAUUAUGGACAAGAAUGUAAUUUUGGUCGCUUUGAAUUACAGGCUUGGAGCUGCAGGAUUCUUAAGUACAGGUGACUGUGAAGUAUACGGUAACAAUGGCUUCAAAGAUCAAGUGUUGGCUCUGAAAUGGAUCCAGAAGAACAUUAGACAAUUUGGAGGAAACCCAAAUUCGGUUACCAUAACUGGAUUCUCAUCUGGUGCUUCAAGUGUGGAAUUCCAUUACAUUUCUCCACUGUCUAAGGGCCUUUUCCACAAAGGCUGGUCAUUAAGCUAUACGGUUCUUGGAUCUGGAUCUCUGACACUCAUCCCCGAAGAAAAAUCGAAAUUACUCGCUCAAAAAGUGCAGUGUCCAACAGACACCACCAGAAAAAUGAUACAGUGCCUUAGGAGACAACCGAUAGAAAAACUGGUUGACCAGAUGGUCACUUGGUUCAAACCUGUUGUAGAAAAGGGAAAUCCGAAGGCUUUUAUCCCAGAAAACCCUUACAAGCUAUUGAAAGAUAAAAAGGUCUACGAUUUACCCUGGGUUGUUUCAAACGUUAUCAACGAGUCUCUCUUUUCUCUAGAAUCUGUAUACAAGAACAGAUCUGAAAUAUUUUCUAUUUAUAACAACUUCACAGAAUGGGGUAGAAGUCUUCUAGAUCUGGUUGAGUAUGUAGAUGCAGAUAAAUUAGAUUAUGUUAUUAAUGAAUUGAAAAAAUUCUAUCUGGAAGAUGGCGAACUCACAGCAGAGAAUGGCUUAGAAAAACUGAACAGGCUUUUAACGGAUCGUCACUUUUUGGUUGCUUCAGAUCUUGCUGUUAGGACCCAAGCCUUGGCAACAAAAUCACCUGUAUAUUUCUACUUAUCCGAAUAUGUACCAGAAGAUAGAUUAGAGUUCUUUGGAGCACCCGGUGCUUCCCACGGUGUUGACAGCAAACUUUUGUUCAAAUUCAGAACAAAUCCAGAUAGACUGAAACCCAAAGAUGAAAAAAUGAUGCGUCUCUUUACAGAAUUCAUCGAGGAGUAUGCAAGGACUGGAAUUCCCAAAAUAGGCAACGUGACUUGGAUCCCUAUAACACCGAACCAACAGAAAUUGAACGUUUUGUCAAUUAAAUCUCCAGACAAUAUCAAGAUGAUCAAAUUAGAAGAACUCGCACCUCGUAGGAUUUGGGAUCGCUUACCAAUCAAGGAAAAUAAUCAUUUAUUUUAGAAACUCAAAGUUCAUUCAUCAGAAAUAACAUUGUAUCCAUCAAAUAUAUCUUCAAUAAUUA